AAGUAACACUGCGUCAAAUACACUGUUCACUUGAUGCUCCAACAUCUUUCCAUGAAAUAAAACAAAAAUCAAAACUGAUUCCCUUUAUCAUAACGUUCAUGCAGGAUAAAUACAAUAGUUUUUGGUUUCCACGUAUGGAUCCUUGAUUCGUUACAGAAAAUAUGUCCUUUAUAUACAUGUAGCACAUUGGAAAUGGCGGAGUAAUGUUAUUGCAGCACUUGAUCGACUUUUUAAAUCAGCUUCUCAUUCUUCCAAAUAAUUCUGGACGUUCAGAAUAAGAUAGCAUGGCUGAUGAAGAGUCUUAUCUGGGAGGACAAGGUCACCAUAUGUUUGAAAUAGAUCCGUUUUCAUCUUUAAUUGGAAUGGAGCCUUUUACUUUUCCUAACAUGUCAACCACAAAUUCACUACGAAUAGCAGAUGGACCAUACCUCCAAAUUAUAGAACAACCUAAACAGAGAGGCUUUCGUUUCCGCUACGGGUGUGAGGGACCAUCGCACGGUGGAUUGCCUGGAGCCUCAAGUGAGAAGAACAGGAAAUCCUUCCCACAAGUUAAGAUAUGCAACUAUCAGGGACCAGCAAAGAUUGUCAUUCAGCUUGUGACCUAUUCCAAAGAGGUACACCUGCAUGCGCACAGCCUGGUUGGAAAGCAGUGUGACAAAGGCAUAUGUGUGGCUGACCUGCAACCCAAAGAUACAAGCAUGAGUUUUCCAAACCUGGGUAUUCUUCAUGUCACUAAAAAGAACGUUACCAAGACCUUGGAGGACAGAAUGACUGAGGCGUACAGAUUGGGCUACAACUACGGCAUCUCUAUUCACCCAGAAAUAAAUUCUUUACAAACCGAGGGGCAAGUACCAAGAGAACUCACAGAUCACCAGAGAAGCCUCAUUGCUAAUGCUGCCAUCAGUCAAACCAAGGAAAUGGAUCUCAGUGUGGUUCAGCUAAUGUUCACAGCAUUCCUGCCUGACAGUGAUGGUGGAUUCACAAGGCGGCUGGACCCCGUCAUUUCAGAUCCAAUUUUUGACAGCAAAGCCCCAAAUGCCUCCAAUUUAAAGAUUGUGAGGAUGGACCGCACAGCUGGCUGUGUUACCGGGGGUGAAGAGGUCUAUCUGCUUUGUGAUAAAGUUCAAAAAGAUGACAUCCAAGUUCGGUUCUAUGAGGAGGAUGAAACAGGAGGAUACUGGGAAACGUUUGGAGAUUUUUCGCCAACAGACGUGCACAGACAGUUUGCUAUAGUCUUUAAGACUCCAAAAUACCGGGACCUCAAUUUGCAAACACCAACCUCUGUGUUUGUCCAGCUGAAAAGAAAGUCUGAUAAUGAGACAAGUGAACCAAAGCCCUUCACUUACCAUCCACAGGUUAUAGAUAAGGAGGAGGUCCAGAGGAAGCGUCAGAAGACACUGCCCAGCUUUCCGGAUUAUGGUUCAGGAGCUGGUGGAGGGGGAGGAGGGAUGUACGGUGGGGCAGGAGGGGCUCCGGGAACAGGAGGGGCUGGAUUCAAUUACCAAGGAUACUCAAACUAUAAUAAUUUUGGAAGCCGCUAUCCAUAUUCUGGUGGUCCCAGCAGCUCUGGUGCUGCAAUGAAACAUGCUUCAAAGGGCCAUGCAGAUGAUGGCGAUGACAGUGACUUGGAUGAUGAUAGUGAGGCCCAGGGUAAUCCGAAGACUAGCUGCCAGAAGAAGUCAGAAGAUGUGCAAAAAGUCUCUGAGGAGGAGAGUACAUCAGAUGGAGCGGAUCAGGGCCCUACCGAAGAAUCACUGAAGACGGAAGAAACUAAAAGCAGAGUCGACCGACUGUUCGUUGAAAAGGCUAUGCAGCUUGCUAAGCGACAUGGGGACGCGCUCUUUAAUUACGCCAUCACUGGGGAUGUGAGAAUGUUGCUGGCUAUUCAGAGACCCCUCGUGGCAGUUCAGGAUGGAAAAGGAGAUACUGGCUUGCACCUUGGUGUUAUCAACCACAGAUCUGAGUCUGCCAAAAAUCUUAUUGAAGUGAUUUCCCGUAUUCCUGGGGAGGAUGUGAUCAACAUGAGGAAUGACCUCUACCAGCCUCCUUUACACUUGGCUGUUAUUACACAGCAAGCAGACACUGUGGAAGCUUUGUUAAAAGCCAGUGCUGAUUUAAGUCUCCCAGAUUGCCAUGGCAACACAGCUUUACACCUGGCUGCCAAGCAAGGAAAGUCAAAGAUUCUGAGCCUUCUACUCCAACAGCAGGAAGCAGCUGAACUGAUUAAACUUCCUAACAGUGAAGGUUUGAGUGCUCUUCAUUUGGCAGUGCUGGCCAAUAGCUUACCAUCUCUUAGACAGCUUAUCUCUUAUGGAGUGGAUGUUGAAGAGUGCGAGCAGAGCUCUGGCCAAACUGUACUACACCUGGCAGUAGAGCAGGAGAACAUCUCUUUAGCUGGAAGUCUUCUCCUUGAGGGCAGUGCUCGAGUGGAUUCCUCUACAUACGUUGGGUCUACUCCACUCCACAUAGCAGCUGGAAGGGGCUCCGUCAAAAUGACAGCGCUUCUCAUUGCAGCUGGAGCAGAUGCACAUAAAGCGAACUGCGAACCCCUAUAUGAUACUGAUGACAGAGGCUAUGAAGAGGAGCAGGAGGGGGAUGAGGAUGAAGGGUUUGUUCCAGGGACCACUCCUUUGGACAUGGCAUUCACUGAUGAGGUCUUUGAUCUACUGAAUGGAAAACAGUAUGAACCAAAGUUACAGUCUUCCAGUUUACCAGGUGAUAUGAAUGAUCUCAGUGAAGAAGCUAAGCAGGAGCUGUACAAAGUCCUGGAGCUGCCUGGUAAGAGUUGGGAGGUCCUGGCACAGUGGCUAGGAUUAGGAGUUCUAAACAGUGCCUUCAAAUUAAGCCCAUCACCAGCCAAAACACUACUGGAGAACUACGAGGUUUCUGGUGGUACUAUAAUGGAACUGCUAGAUGGUUUAAAAUCAGUGGGGAACUCAGAAGCUGUUGAUAUUGUUCAGAAAGCUCUGUCUGGUGCAGCGCAGAAGAACAAGGACUCGCCUGCUCUUGUAGAACAGCAGGCAGGUGCCCAGCUUCAAAAUGGAUUGCAGGAUCUCAAGAACUACAGCAGUGAAGACAAUAUCGCAUACGACAGUGGGAUAGAAACAUAUUUUAGGAGGUUUAGCCUCUGUUCUUCCGAGUCGCUGAAUUGCACUCCAGAAGAAUUGGGACUGUCUGGAAUAUCCAAGGUCCCUAAGCAAGGCUUUGUUGUUGAGGGAGAAUUAUAACAUGGCAAAAUAGGCUUUUUUAAACACAUACCAGAAGUAUUGGGGCUGUUUUGUUUGGUUUGUUUUGUCAAAUGCUUAUUUAUCUUGUGACCAGCAGCAGUUGAGUCCAGUUUGCAGUUCUGGCGUCUCAAGAUACUGUUCAGUGCAUUCUCUGUCCUACAGGGGGGGUUGUUGACACAAUUUUCCUUUUUCAGAAUGCACACAUUUCGUUUUUUUUUCUGGCUUUCAAAUUGAAUAUAUUUUUGUGUUUUUAAUAACUAACAUUUUGUGUUUUCAUGAACUGAAACAUGGUGCACUGCAGAGGUCUAAAGGUCCACAGGUCAUACAAAGCAGAGCAGAGCAGAAUAUUGUGGGUGACUGACAGUGCCAUGCACAGUCAGCCAGGCAUAUCUCAUACAGUUAAGUGUUGUUUUAACCAUUUGUCUUAAUGCUAGUGUUGUCAAGACAUACAUUUUAUAACAAAAAUAAAUAAAUAAUAAAUUAAACAAUGUAAGAUUUUUUUUAAAACUAGUUUUUCUAUUUUAUUUUUUGUUUAAGACAUAUUACUGCAGUUGUGUGCUUUACUUACUGUAUUAGUUAAUAUGAUAAUGUAUACAUUUCUAUAAGAUGUGCCUUUAAUUAUGCAUUGGUUUGUAGAGAUUGGUGCAGUCAUAUGUUAUGAAUUAACUCAAAGAGUUUAUAUAGUAAUUAUAAAGUUUUAUGUAGGGCUAGUUUGUUUGUUUAAACCCUUGUAGGACAGAGCUUGCACUGCAUCCUUGUUGCACUGUUUUAGCCUUCUAAAGCAAAUGUGACCAAGUUACAUUAUUCAUCGUGCCUUUUUAUUAUUUAUCCCCCUACCAUUUAAGAUUUUGAAAUUGUAUUGCUUUUUUAUUGCAUUUCCAAAAAUAAUUUUAUUAAUUCUUCAGUUUUAUUCUGUAAAUACAUAUGCAGAAGUAAGCUUAUGUGUACUACUUUAAUUUAAAUCUUGCUUUACAGUGGCAUAAUUGUAAUACUUUUUUUAUAAUAAAAGAAAAACAAAUUUA